AUGCGGAAGAAGAAGUUUCAACUUGGGACGAAGUUGCUCAAAAAGAUUCAUGAAAAGAAGAAGGCAGGUGGAUUAAGUCCGAGAAAUGAUCAGAAAUUUGCUGAUAUUUUUCUGAAGAAUUUAUAUGGUUCAGAAACAAUGGACGAUGUACUUUUACCUAGUGAAUCUUUAGUUACAUUGAAGGAUUAUCAGGGGAGACGACGGUUGGGAAAUGGGGGACAGUACACGGAGAUUCAGUGGUUGGGUGAAACCUUUGCUUUAAGGCACCUCUUUGGGACAUUAAGGAACAUAUACGUCAGAUUUCCAAGGAAUCAAAUCUGUCAUCCAAAUAUCAUGCACGUUCUUUGUCGGUUUUCAGAUGACAAAAAGGAAGAAUUUUUCUUGGUAAUGGAACUCAUGGAGAGAGAUCUAUCCAGUUACAUUAAGGAACUCUGUGGUUCAAGAAAGCGAAUUCCGUUCUCACUUCCAGUUGCUGUUGAUCUUAUGCUGCAGACUGCAAGAGGAAAGGAAUAUCUCCACUCGAAGAAAUUCUAUCACGGAAAUUUAAACCCUUCUAAUAUUCUUAUGAUAGCCAGGAAUGUUAGAAAAGAUGGAUGUAUACAUGCAAAAGUCUCAGGUUUUGACCUAUCAUCCUCUAUUAGUCCCGCACAAAAAGCCCCCAGAACUUCUGGUGGACAGCUUUCAUUCAUUUGGUAUGCACCAGAAGUGCUAACAGAGCAGGAACAGUUGGGCACUGAGGGAGAAAAUUUGAAGUACACCAAGAAUUCGGAUGUUUACAGCUUUGGGAUGAUUUGUUUCGAGCUUUUAACGGGGAAGGUUCCUUUUGAAGAUAGCCAUCUUCAAGGAGAUAAAAUAAGCCGAAACAUUAGGGCAGGAGAGAUGCCUAUUUUCCGAUUCCAUUCGCCUAAAUACCUAGCGAGCUUGACAAAUAAAUGUUGGCACUCAGACCCUAACCAAAGGCCGAGUUUCUCAUCCAUCUGUAGAAUUCUUCGCUACACCAAGCAUUUCUUAAUGGAGAAAUUAGGCCCAAUACCCUUAAAAAUGAACUAA